GAACGCUGACUCAGUAAGUCUGCAUUCUUCGUCAUCUUUGUUCAGAAAGAGAGAGAGGGCGGAGAACCGAGCUAAGCGUGAAGGGAAAAUGGCGGUCGGAAUUAUAGAAGUGGAGAUAUUGAAACCUUGCACCGACAAGAGAGAGUACAGGAGGAUCGUCCUCCGCAACUCUCUCGAAGUCCUCCUCAUCAGUGACCCCGAUACCGAUAAGGUUGCAGCUUCAAUGAAUGUUUGUGUGGGUUCAUUUAGCGAUCCUGAGGGCCUUGAGGGUCUCGCUCAUUUUCUUGAACAUAUGCUUUUCUAUGCUAGUGAAAAGUAUCCAUUGGAAGACAGUUAUUCGAAGUACAUUACAGAGCACGGAGGUUCUACAAAUGCUUUCACUUCUUCUGAACACACAAAUUACUAUUUCGAUGUUAACACUGAUUGUUUUGAAGAGGCUUUGGAUAGGUUUGCACAGUUCUUUAUCAAACCACUAAUGUCUCCUGAUGCUACCAUGAGGGAAAUAAAAGCUGUUGAUUCUGAGAAUCAGAAAAAUUUGUUGUCUGAUGCUUGGCGAAUGAAUCAGCUUCAGAGACAUCUUUGUGCCGAAGCUCACCCAUAUCAUAAAUUCAGUACAGGAAGCUGGGAUACUUUAGAAGUCCGCCCAAAAGCAAGAGGGCUAGAUACUAGAUGUGAGCUUAUUAAAUUCUAUGAAGCGAACUAUUCUGCCAACCUUAUGCAGCUGGUUGUAUAUGGGAAAGAGAGCCUUGAUAAAAUUCAAAGUUUGGUGGAAAGCAAGUUUCAGGAAAUUCAAAAUACAAACCGAAGCUGUUUCAGUUUUCCUGGGCAGCCUUGCACACCUGAACAUCUUCAGGUUCUUGUCAAAGCUGUCCCAAUAAAGCAAGGUCACAAGCUGAGAAUUAUAUGGCCUAUAACUCCAAGUAUUCAUUAUUAUAAAGAAGGGCCAUGUAGGUAUCUUGGCCACCUUAUUGGACAUGAAGGAGAGGGAUCUCUAUUUUUCAUCUUGAAAAAAUUGGGAUGGGCUACAGGUUUGUCAGCAGGUGAAGGGGAUUGGACUUGCGGAUUUUCUUUCUUUAAAGUUGUUAUUGAUCUUACUGAUGCUGGUCAUGAGCACAUGGAAGAAAUUGUAGGAUUAUUGUUCAAAUACAUUCUGCUCUUACAACAAUCUGGUGUUAAGAAAUGGAUAUUUGAUGAGAUUUCAGCCAUUUGUGAGACAGUGUUCCAUUAUCAGGACAAAAUCCCUCCUAUUGAUUAUGUGGUCAAUGUUGCUUCAAACAUGAAGUUAUACCCCCCCAAAGACUGGUUAGUGGCUUCAUCUUUGCCUUCUAACUUCAAUCCAGACACCAUUCAGAUGGUAUUGAAUGAGCUUACUAUGAACAAUGUGAGAAUCUUUUGGGAAACUAAGAAAUUUGAAGGACAUACAGACAUGGUAGAGCCAUGGUAUGGGACUGCAUAUUCUGUCAUAAAGCUCACAGGCUCCAUGAUACAGAAAUGGAUAGAUACAGCUCCUAAUGGAUGUUUACAUCUACCAGCACCCAAUGUAUUCAUUCCCACUGAUUUGUCACUUAAAGAUGUGCAAAGGAAGGAUAAAUAUCCGGUUCUGUUAAGGAAGUCAUCUUAUUCAAGGUUAUGGUAUAAGCCUGACACAAUGUUCUUUACCCCAAAGGCAUAUAUUAAGAUAGAUUUCAACUGUCCCUAUGCAAGCCACUCUCCUGAGGCAGAAGUUCUUACUGAUAUCUUCACGCAGCUGUUAAUGGACUAUUUGAAUGAAUAUGCUUAUGAUGCUCAAGUUGCUGGUCUUCACUAUACCAUAAACUCGACAGAUACUGGUUUCCAGGUGAUUGUGUUGGGUUAUAAUCACAAAAUGAGGAUCUUGUUAGAAACUGUAGUUCAAAAAAUUGCUGAGUUUAAAGUAAAACCAGACAGAUUUUCUGUGAUCAAGGAAGGUGUGACAAAGGAGUAUGAAAAUUUCAAGUUUCAACAACCAUAUCAACAGGCUUUGUACUACUGCUCUAUAAUUCUAGAGGAUCACUCAUGGCCUUUGAAUGAAAAACUUGAAGUUCUUCCACAUCUUGAAGCUGAUGACCUUGCAAAACUUUCACCCGUGAUGCUCUCAAAGGCCUUCUUGGAAUGUUACAUUGCAGGAAAUUUUGAUCCAAAUGAAGCAGAAUCGGUGAUCAAGCAUAUUGAAGAUAUUUUCUUCAAGUGUCCCCAGCCUGUAUGCAAGCAUUUGUCCCCUUCCGAGCAUUUGGCAACUAGAAUUAUUAAGCUUGAAAGGGGUGUUAGUUACUUCUACCCUGUUGAAGGCCUAAAUCAAAGUGAUGAGAACUCUGCAUUAGUCCACUAUAUUCAGGUUCACCAAGAUGACUUAGUGUUGAAUGUGAAACUUCAACUGUUUGCCCUUAUUGCAAAGCAACCAGCUUUCCACCAGCUCCGUUCAGUUGAGCAACUUGGAUACAUUACUGUGCUUAUGCAGAGGAAUGAUUCUGGUAUUCGAGGAGUGCAAUUUAUUAUCCAAUCAACAAUAAAGGAUCCACGGGAGGUAGAUUUGAGAGUUGAGGUAUUUCUUAAAGUGUUUGAGGGCAAACUUCAUGAGAUGACAUAUGACGAAUUCAAGAGCAACGUGAAUGCCCUCAUAGAUAUGAAACUUGAAAGGCAUAAGAAUUUGAGGGAAGAAUCUUCAUUUUACUGGCGAGAAAUUGUUGAUGGUACCCUCAAAUUUGACAGGAAAGAAUCUGAGGUUGCAGCAUUGAAGCAGCUGACUCAACGAGAGUUGAUAGAUUUCUUCAAUGAGUACAUAAAGAUGGGCGCACCUCGCAAAAAGACACUCAGCGUACAGGUAUAUGGGGGUUCACAUUCUGAUGGCUAUGAAUUAGCCAAAAGUGAACCUGUUGAACCACAAGCUGUUCGAAUUGACGACAUUUUCAGCUUCAGAAGAUCACGACCUUUAUAUGGCUCUUUCAAAGGAGGCUUAGGUCAUAUGAAACUAUAGAUGCUUCAACCAGGUUGUACAGUAAUUGAAAGAGCCUUCAUUGAUGUUGCACUUAGUGUUAUAAAGCAUGGGAAAUAUUGGUCGUAAUGCCACUAACAGAUCGCAAUCACCCCAUAAGGCUUCUCUCCUUCAUUACAUUAAAUCAAAGCACUACCUUGUAAUCAUAUGGUUGUACAUUUUCAAAUGUAGGGGAAUCAUAUCGAUCUGAACUGAGUUACAUUUAGCCUUUAAGAACGCACUAGUGAAAUACCACAGUUCUCAUCUUUUGUGUAUGCGGAUGUCAAAUAUUUCUCUGGUGUACUUUUAAUAUCUUUCUCUAUUCAUGUUUUGAAAUUGUUACGAUAAAUGUGAAUUGUCAAAAUUGUCCAUUUUUCGUCC